AUGUCGGAAGAUUAUUGUACUUCACAUUCACCUUUAUCUCAUAUAAGGUCACAAGUACUCCACCAUAUUCAUUCAGUUCUUCAAACAAUGGGAAGUCAUAUCAAUGAUUAUCAUUUGGUCGAUUAUACAGUCACAUUCAAUGAAGAGGAUAUGAAACUAAAAGAAAUACACGAAGAAUUAAAUAUAUUAAUAUCCAAAGAGGAUUUAUUAUUACCAGAAACGUUGAAUGUCAAACAAAGAGAGGCAUAUGAUAUAAUUUUUCAAAAAGUAUUUGCUGAAGAAUCUGCUACCUUUUUCAUAGAUGGACCUGGAGGAACUGGGAAAACUUAUUUAUAUAGAGCUAUUCUUGCUCCAGUGAGAUCGCGAGGCAUGAUUGCUCUAGCGACAGCAUCCUCUGGAGUGGCUGCAAUUUUAUUACCUGGUGGUCGCACUGCACACUCAAGAUUUAAAAUUCCUCUCACUUGCGAAAAGGAUACUACAUGCACAGUUAGCAAACAAUCUGGAUUAGCCAAAUUACUACAAUGCGCAAAAUUGAUAAUAUGGGAUGAAGCUCCGAUGUCUCAUCAUCAAUCAAUAGAAGCUUUGGACUUAAUGUUAAAAGAUAUAAAUGAUUCUGCUUAA